UGUAACUUGGCCAUACUCGAGCACCACGCCCAUCAGUAGUACCUCCACGGCCCUGGGGGCAUUUGGAUACUACCAGACUUGUUGUUACGCACGAAGGUCGUCCGAGUUCAUUGAAUGUUGGAGAACACGUGAUGAGGUUUGGCACGAAAGUCAGCAUUGGUGCAAUCCUCUGCUCCAUCUCCACGUCUUUCUUCCACGACCCACGCUGCCUUAGUUUGCUCUGCUUUCUGUUUACGGAAGUACUUAGGAGCACGAGGUUACAUUCAAACAAAUAUCCAAACUCCGUUCGCGAAUGCGGCCCGAUGAUGCGCGGUACAUGCUUCGACGAACCCUCGAACCUUCCAUGGGCCUCAAUCAGGGGUUCAGAAAUCCAAUAUAUGGAUAGCCAGCGUCCCCUGUGCGCAAACGACCGGGUUGCAGAUCCCGAGCAGCGGGUCCCAGCCUGUUCAUGGCGUGAACGAUUCUCGUCACUCUAUCACCUGCGCUUAUGAGCUGGAAUCGAAAGUGAUAUAGUCUAGAACCCCUCCCUCCGCCGCGGUACAGAAUCGAAAGACAGGGUGGACGGCAAGAGCUUGGAGAGACCCUAUGGGGGUGAGCUAGGGUCGGGUUUAUGGACCUUGCCCGAUGAGGAUUAUAUGCGGCGUCGAG